AUGGAGCAUGAUCAGCCUAAAGUCAAAGCCAACAAGUUGUUGAAGUGGCUCGAUGACAAUGGUGCCGAGAUACACAGACAACCUGGAUCGGAAAGACUUCCUGGACCGUUCGAGUGGAUUCCGGAAACACCUGAGUUUCAAGGCUGGCUUAGCAAUGGACCACCUACUCUGCUCCUUGUGGGACGAUCCGGUUCUGGAAAAACCACAGCCGCGUCUCUCGUCGUGGAUACGCUUCUGCGCCAGGACCACCUUGGACGUAGGGUUGGCGUUGCGUUUCUUCACGUGGGCACCGGGAAAAAGAAACGUAACGCGAUGCAAUUGAUACGAAGCUUACUGUAUCAGCUUGGACAGCGACUGGCUUCGUCGUACAUACGUAGUCGCAACCAUCCGCCCAUGGAAGAUGUCUUGGAUAUUCUUAGCGAAAGAACCCCAAACCCAUCCCAGGGUGAUAUGGUGUCGCGAAUACUUCCCAAAGUAAUCGACAAGUUCGACCGCGUCUACGUUGUGGUAGACGAAUUAGAUCAGAUGACCGAAAAUCGUAGACGACUGUAUUCCAGCCUCUUUGGUCUGAGAAAUGAGAAUCUGCGACUUUUUCUCACGACCUGUCACAGCCCAGACGAGCAAAGCAGGCUCCACAAAGCUCCGCAGAUUCUUAUCAGCGGCGCAAAUGUUGGAAAAGACUUGGAUACUUACAUCACGAAAAGGUUGACCGAUCUGCCGAAAUACAUUGGCUUUAGACCGACCUUAGAACUUCGUGUGAAGAAAAGAGUUAUGGAAGAUGCUAACGAAUUGAUACUUGCCGCAAAACUUCUGAUGGACGGACUUAUGAAUAUGAGAGGCGCAAACAUAGAACCUAAGCUGGAAUCCACUGGAGACCUCCUUAAGGAGCUCUACGAACGGUUUAUCACAAGGCUUCAAGAGCUCAACGAUACGAAACAGAACUUUGCCAGAGAGACUUUAGCAUGGCUUCUCUUCAUGAAGACGCCCAUGCGAGAAGUCGAGAUGCGAUAUAUACUCGAAAGAGAUCGUGAUGGGUCUACUCUGAAACCAGCCAAGGCAAUAAACUAUGAGCGGUUCAUAGGGCUAUGCAAGGACUUCAACAUCCUUAUCCAAGACAAAAACAGCAAUCGUUUUGUCAUACUCUCACCAGCUUCACAGUAUCUUCUGAGUACCUUGGAUGAUUGGUGUCCAGGCGCCAAAACCAUGGUCGCGAAGCGUUGCUUAGAAUAUCUUGCCUUGGAUGAGUUUAGUAAGGGUCCCUGCAAAACGGAUGCUGAGUACGAGUCGAGAUUGCAGAACUACAAGUUGUACAAGUACGCCGCGAGGCACUGGGUUGAUCACCUCCAGGACUUGCAAAAUGUACCGACCAUACUCAUCCGCUCAUUCUUUAUGGAUAAGAACAAAGUAGCUUCCGCCAGCCAGGUCAUGUCAGUAUCAAAUCAACGGCCACCGCAGUCAGGCUAUAGUCAAAGAUUCGACCCUCCUGAAAGUGGCUUACACCUUGCAGCACAAGUAGGAUCAACUUCCGUUUUAGCUCGUUUACUUGAAGAAAAGCUAUCUACAGCUCAGGAGGAUACAAAACAGCGAACUCCGCUUCGGUGCGCCAUCGAGUAUGACAGGCAAGAGGCUAUGAAGUUAUUGAGUCUGGUGGAUCGAACAACAUUCACAAGACUACUGGAACGCAAGCAAAUCUCAUUAGCUAGCGCUCUAAUUCGAGCUGCUGGAUCAAGCAUCAGGGAUACGGCCUCAAAUUCUGCUUUGCAUAUCGGUGUGAUCAAAAGAGAUAUGGAUAUCGUUCGACUCUCACUCGAAUGCGGCGUUGCUAUCGACGAGAGAGGUAUGAAUGGCCACACAGCUAUUGAGCUAGCGAUGGGGCUUGGAUACAGCGAUGUCAUAGUUUUGCUACUAGAUCACUCGCCUGAUACUUCGCGGAUAACCGCACAAGACUGGUUACAGGCGUUCGGUAAGCGAACGCAGAGUAACGCACCACCCAUAAUUCAUCUUGAAGAAGAUGCGCGCAGAAAGAAAAAAAUUUCUUUCCAUAUCGCGGAAGGUUUCCAGAUGAAGCAGUUUCCAAUGCAAUAUUUGGAGAGAAGAUUGUUGAUCUUUCCUGACUCCGGCCGUUGGCCUGGAUAUAAUGGUGGAAAUUGGAGAGCAGAUUUCAUGAUCUACGCCUUACCCACCUGGCCUGCAUACGGAAUCUCUCCAAUUCUCGACACACAAUGGUGCUCAAUCCUUGCUGGUGUACCCUCUGAAGCGCUGUCUGGGACUGUCAAUGUCUUCAAUUUUGAGUUCAACGAGUUGGCGAUCAGAUGGAACGUGGAGAUACGUCCAGACCUGGAUGGUAAUGACCGUUGGGUCAGCAUCGAUCACUGGAGUACGCUACGAAUGGGUUCAAUACCAGAUAGUGGGAUGGCAUUCAUGGAAGACCUCAUGAAGGAGCUAAUAAUGGUCAAAAUUGCCCUGUACUGGCAGGAUAUAACGAUUAUCUACGCUGACGUUUACAAAACAUUGAAGCGACUACGUGUACUCCACGCAAAUGGAAAUUCGCGCAGGCUUAUUGGUGAUCUCUUAAAGGAUGCAACUACGUGGAUUAAUCUUCGGCGCGGGCAUCGUGGCCAAGUUGACACCCUUCGAAACUUCUCCAAAGGGUAUCAGAAUAAGGUCUACAACGAUCAAGCUUCUGACCUGGUCGCCGGCAUCGUGAAAGAUUUCUCAAGUACCAUUCAGUCUCGAUUUGAUAAGUUCGACGAAGAUUCAUCUGCACUCAUUCAACUGGAAUUCAACUUGACAUCUAUCAGGGAAUCACAGAAAUCGAAUUCGUUAAGCAUAAGCAUGAAGCGACUGAGCUGGAUUACAUUCGUUUUUCUUCCUCUUACCUUCGUCUCGGGCUUGUUUGGCAUGAAUGUCAAUGUUCUCGCAGAUAACCCACCAUGGUGGUGGUACCUAGUAUUUAUGUGUGGUACAUUGGGUCUAACAAUGCUCGUAUGGUUGAUAUGCAGGAAAUUUCCUAAGUUGGAAGACAAGGUGGAUGAGAAAUUCUCCUGGCUUAAGCCGAAUCGUGCUGGUCAAAAAAGAGGAGAUGUUGAGUCGGACCCGUUGUUUCAAGAGAGGAAGGACAAGUGA